AUGUAUAGAUUAAAUGUCAUUGGUAUACGAUGGAAGAAAUCAAUUGACUCGUUAAGAAUAUGGAGAAGAAGUGCUUGGUCGGGUGGUAAUACUGAAAAGGUGUCAUCGAGGCAACAAAAGAUUCAUGACAUUAACAUGACAAGUCAAAGUGAGUUGUAUCAUAUUGACAAUAAGUUUAAUAUAUUCAAUGAUAGGGUCACCAGAGUUUUAGAUCUAGGAUAUGUACCAGGGAAUUGGUUAGAAUUUGCUAAGUUCAGGCUAUGCAGUGUUUAUGGUCUAGAAGAGAUAGAUAUCAAUGACAAAUGUGAUUUACUUGGAUUUGAUCUUCUAUUUGGUACCCCACCAUUAGGUACAUCUUCAAUUCAAGGGAAUAUUUAUUCAAAAACAUCUCAUGAAUCUAUGGCACAGUUUUUCAAAGAUGCAGCACUUCGAAGGAAAGAUGAAGAUAUGAAGAAUUUGAGUAAAGUUGACGAACUGAAUAAAUCAUAUUUUGUUAAAGAACAAACAGAAAUUGAAAUGAUUGAAUCCCAUAUGACGGAAUUGAAACUCGAACCUGAAUUGGAUUAUAAACCUCAAUUGAUUUUAAGUGAUUUAGCAAUGCCAUUCAAUCAAGAGAAAGGAUAUUUUAAUAAUACUAAUACUAGACCGUAUUUACGAUUUGGUAGUAAUGAAGUAUUAAAUAGACCUAUGACAGAAAAGGUUAAAAGUGCCAUUGAUUUAGCUGAUGCAACCUUAGUUUUAACUAGUGAUUUACUUAAUAAUGGAGGUAAUUUGGUACUAAGAUUACCAGCUGUCGAUAAAGAUGAUGAAGAGUUUCAGAUAGUACUACAAAGAUGUAGAAAAUUAUUCAAAAGAGUAUCUUCAUGGCCACAACCUUUAGAAAUAUUUCUUAAAGAAAGUCACAUCAUCCCACAAAAAGAUCCUACAGCCUAUAGAGCUAGAUCAGUAGCUAAAUAUCGAGAAUUAUUCUUGAUUUGUCAAGACAAGAGAGAUAUCGAUAAGUUAUCAAUAUUUAUGAAUUAA